GUGCUCUCUCAAGUCUCAACUCUCGUCUAUAAUAAUAUGAUUGGGUUUAGCUUGUGGCUCAAAUGUGGCUAGCUAUAAAGGUUCUUGUCCCAUCAAAACAUUUGGGCUUCAGGUUAGCUGGGCUCGAUACAAAAUCCAAUCCUUCUAACAAAGAGUACUAGAUUUGAACAAUGCAACUGAAGAAGAAUCCAAGCAUGGAGGAGCACAAGAAUAAUUCCUGAGGCGCUGCUGACAUGGGCAUUACAUCCAAUGUUAAUACAUUGAAAAAACCUUUAGAUAGGUUCUUGUUGCGGAGCAUGCAUAUUUUUUGUCCCAAGUCAUAUUGAAAAGACAGCAUUUUGUCACGGAUUUUUAGAGACUACAAUGCUGUUGUUACGAAGGAGUCAGUCACCAAAGGUGGUAAAUUCAUACCCCUCAGCGCAUAGAUUUGAAAUUAGCCACAUCUAAAUUGUCGUUUCUUCCUCCUAUUAUUUUAACAUACCAUUCUACCUUGCAUAUUCUAUUGUUUUGCCUUGGAUCAACUCAUAACUUAAACGCUUAAAUAAUCCUAUCAACGGUCUAACAUCACAUGGAACCGAUCAAGAUUUUUGAAUAAAGCAACACUGCUUUGUCCCUUCUGACAUCUCUCCAUUGUCUCCCCACUUGUUUUUGCUUGGAUUCCUCAAUUUCUAUAUAUGAACUGGAGCUUGUGAGUCUGUGACUCAUAUUGAUGUAACAGAAUUGUAGUAAUGGGAAAUUGCUCUCUCAAAGGGGUUAUGGAAGAUUGUCCUAACAACAUUAGGGUUUUAACAGAUUCUGGGGGUAUUGUAGAGUUCAAGGGUCCUAAGUUAGCCAAAGAUGUCCUUCGUGAAUAUCCAGGUUACAGCAUUUUUAGGCAGGGUCACGCGUCAUCUCCAUUGUCUACCCAUGAGUACCUACUUGGUGGCCAAUUUUACUGUCUUCUUCCACUUCAGAAUGAGCAGAAAUUAUGUGACACUAAAGUUAUUAGCCAAGCUCACGGCAUGGGGCUGGCCACAGAGAAGGUAGCCAUGGAGUGGAUUAAUGAGAUUGAGCCACCAAAGAUGUCAUCCAGUACAGCAGCAAUGGAUUAUGUAGACGACUUAGCAACCGGACCGGUGCUCGAGGUCCUGCCUACGCUAGGGGAUGGGGUUUGGAGAGUGAAGUUGGUGAUCGGCACCAAGCAGUUGGAAGAAAUUUUGUCUGAACAAGUGAAUACCGAGGCCUUGAUUGAGAAAAUGAGAAUGGCAGCAAGCUCAGCGAGUCUGACGCCUCGGCGUAGCAAGAGUUCUUGGAAGCCAGCGCUCUCUAAUGUAUUCAGGGUUCCACAUUAAUAAUUAGUCCGUCCUUUUCUUGUUGUGCUAGCAAAGAGAGGAUUUGAGUGGUAGGAAUAUUAGUGAACGAAAUGCCUUAAUUGUUUGAGUGGCAAAUUAAGCACUAUUACUCUGUUACAGAAACGCUUUUCGCUUCGUCGGUUUUUUUUUGGGUCUAAUGUCAGGAUGCUUGAAGAAUUGUCUUCAAGCGUCGUGUAGAUAUGCAACGAAGAGAGUUGUAAUGUAAGAGCAUAUGACUAUGCUUUCACGGUUCGUUGUUUUGUUACUUUUGAGUUUAUAGUGGUUUUGGUUUA